AUCUUAUGUUUCUACCUUGCGAGUCGUGAUUACAUCCGCUCUCAACUGGAUGGUACAUCUAUUGACUGUCAUACCAUCGACAGCUUCCAAGGUAAAGAAAAUGAUGUAAUUAUUCUCGUUACGACACGUUCAUAUGACUAUCGUGCCACAGAUGACCAAGUUAAAUUCUUUGCGGAUCCUCAGCGCAUUACCGUGGCGUUGUCACGUGCACGUCAUGGACUUUUCAUUGUUGCUGAUUUCCCCAUGUUACUGAAAUAUGACAUCUGGCAGACAUGUUUGCGUCUAGCCACCCAAGAAACGCCCAUAGUGAACAGGCAAUACGUUGGUGCCAUCUUCGACGAUGUUCGUCGCAAUCAUCGCAAUCUUUUGGUGGAUGCGCAUGGCCAACCAUUCCUGCCUCCCGACACCAUCUUCAUUAAUAGGAAAUGGCAUCAAUAUUAA